AUGUUGAGCUCACUGGUUCAGAAGUUUAUCGACCAAUCCCCCCUGUCCUCGAACAAUGACCACCGACCCUCCAAGGCUGCCCUCUUCCGGGAUCAGUUCAGACUGCCUGCCGGUCAGCAUCCUUUGCACGAGAUCACCGCCGAACUAUUCCUCCCUCUCCCCUCGUCCGCCGCCGCCGGCCCUCUCACGUCCGGCGAGAAAUCGAGAGACAGUGGCAAUCGAUAUGUGGGCGACCUCCAUCUGAGCGAACACUUUCUUUGCUUCUCCACGAUUCGCACCAGUUUCCUGCCCGGCGCGAGUCACACCGCGUCCAUCGCCUUCACCGGCCCAACCCAAGGCGCCGGACCAGGCGGAAAUGGCUUUACGCUCCCCUUGUGCUCCAUCCGACGAGUCGAGAGAUUGAACAGCCAUCAUGACAAGUUCUCGCUUGCCCUCACCACUUUCGAAUCCUUGCAGAAAGCGCUGACGGACAAAACAAAAGCGUCCCUGCCUUUCCCCCGGAAAUUAGUCCUCACCCUCGAUGGAAGCCGGCUCGCUUGUGAACGGUUUUGUGACGGUCUGAAAAGGGGAUUAAGAGAAGGCAUGAAAGAAGUGGACAGCCUGCGGACGGUGGUGUCUCAGUGUUUUUCCGAGUAUCUCCUGGACCCCGCGAGGCUAAAGGCCAGAGAGGAGGGCACCAAGCCACCGGAUCCGCCUGACACGGGGCUGGGAAUACUGUUCAGGUACCCCGGAGAUGCCAGAAAGCUCCGGGACAAAAGCAAAAUCAGACUCUGGGGCGAGUAUAUGCGAGAGAACGGCCGCAAUGCCACCAUUGUCCGACAACCGACCUUCCACAAGCUGAUCCGGGUCGGUCUACCGAACCGAUUGAGAGGCGAGAUCUGGGAGAUCUGCUCCGGGUCAUUCUACACCCGGUUGAGAAAUCCGAACCUCUACGAGAAAACCCUGGCCAAGUUCACCGGACAAGAGUCCUUGGCCAUUGAUGAAAUCGAGAAAGAUCUCAAUCGGAGUCUCCCCGAAUAUCCGGGCUUCCAGAGCGAAGAAGGCAUUGGCCGACUACGUCGAGUGCUCACGGCGUACAGCUGGACCAAUGAAGAAGUGGGCUAUUGUCAAGCCAUGAAUAUUGUGGUGGCCGCCCUACUCAUCUACAUGUCGGAAUCUCAGGCAUUCUUCACGCUAGGAGCUUUGUGCGACCGCCUCCUCCCUGGAUACUAUUCGAAAGACAUGUACGGCACACUGUUGGAUCAGCGCGUGUUUGAAAACCUGGUGGAGCGGACCAUGCCGGUCCUUUGGGAGCACCUGGUCAAGUCGGACGUCAACCUAUCCGUGGUCUCGCUGCCCUGGUUUCUUUCUCUGUACAUUAACUCCAUGCCGCUUGUCUUUGCGUUCCGAGUUCUCGAUGUCUUCUUUCUGGAAGGCCCCAAAGUGUUGUUCCAGGUAGGACUGGCCAUCCUGCGUAUCAACGGCGAAGAAUUACUUGACGUCCACGAUGACGGGUCGUUUAUCUCGGUGCUCAAGAAUUAUUUCUCCCGACUCGACGAGUCAGCUCACCCACAUUCGGAGAAUGAAAAGCUGAGGGCAAUCACCAAAUUCCAAGAACUGAUGGUGACGGCCUUCAAGGAAUUUGCCGGCAUCACCCACGCUAGCAUUGAGGAAUUGAGGGCCAAACAUAUUGACAACGUGAAGGCCGGUCUGGCCACGUUUGCCAAACGGACCUCGAUUCGAAACCUAGGGCCGGAAAGCAAGAAGCUAAGCGCCGACGACCUCAGCGCCAUCUAUGAUCGCUUUUUCAGUGUCCUGGCGGAACGACAGAAACGUGCAAAGCUGCGGGAGGAGGAAAGAAGAAGACAAGAGCAGCAAAAGACCCGCCCGGGCCUCUGGACGCACCAUUCGGACCGCAACCACGAUGAACCUGCUCGGAAUAUAGCACCCCUCCAGACCAUGGACUACGACGCAUUUCGCGAGUUUUUGGCCAACACCGCCAAAUGGGCCCUCACCGAUUCGCCGACGUCGGUUUCCAAGGACCUGAGUAAGCCCGUAACGAGCCAGAGGAAUCGCAGUCAUACUCUUUUGCAAUGGGGCUCGGGACCACAACCCGCCGACCACGACUUCAUGCAACGGCUAUAUGGCAAGUGGGAUGAAUCGCAUCAAGGCGAGAUGACGCUGCAGCAACUUGUUCGAGGUCUAGCCCGGAUCAAGGGCACCACGGACAUUAUGAACUCGAUGAGCCUGUUUUUCGAGCUGUUCGACGACGACAAUACCGGCAAAGUGGACCGCGAAGGCAUCCUCCGGAUGUCAGAGUCACUCUUGUUUCUUUCCAGACGAGGCUUUGAUGGAACAAUCACUCCGUCGGAUUUUGGCAACGGCAUGAUAUCUCCGGUCUCUGCGGCCGACGCAAAGGACGGCUUGCAAAUGAGUACCAACGAGAAGUUCCUGGGCAGCGUCAGCGCAUUCAUUAGGAGAUGUUUUGAAUACGCCGAUCCCGACGAAGUGGUUGAAAGCACUAGUUCGAAGCUCCAGGCGGCGACCAUCAACGAACCUGCAGAGGAAGAAGAUCUGUUGGAUCUGACAGAAACCAAAUCGGUCUCCAAACAGCCGGCGUCGCCAAAACCGGCCGAGCACGAUCCUCUAUCAGAGGUCACGCCACCUGGCACUGCAGUCAAGCCAACCCCGAUACUCGAAGGGUCACGAAGGAGCUCUUCUCGCGCAGCAUCCCACAAUCUGGCCUUGGAUCCGAGUAAACCGUUGCACAUUACACUACCCACCUUUCGAAUGGUGAUUCUGGCCGACGAGCUCCUCGAACAGUUUUUCGAAUCUUUCUUCCCUCAAUCCUUCCAUCUCAGUGACUCGCCCAACAGUAGUACGGUGUCGUUGCCGUCGAGCACGCUUUCCGGCAAUCUGACCACCUUCAGCAACCUCGGCACACCGGUGAAGAACCUGAUCAACGGGGCGUCGAACAAGACGGUGAUAGACGUCGGACGGGCCGGUGGAGUGGUGGAACCUGGGUCUCGCGGUCUGCGGGGCGUGCUCGACAACAUUGUCAAUGAUGGCAUGCGCAUGGCGGCGGAAAUGCGCAAGAGAAUGGAAGAGACUCAACGAGAAUUCGAGCGCAAUGCCCGCGAACAGGGUCACAGCAGGCCAUAUCGGGAUGAAGAGGACGACGAUGACGACGAUGACGAUGAGAAAGGCGCCGAGCUAGGUAGAAGGGACCAGGAGCUACUUGAGGGUGCGGAGGUGGCCAGUAUCAAGACCGAGGGGUCGAGAAGUCGAGCGGUGAGUUCGGCCACGACUGAGACCGGUACUGGUCCCAAGAAAGGGGAGGGGGGGGGAGGGGGAGGGAGGGAUCUGGGGUGA